AUGCCUCCCAAGAAGCAGCAAGUCCAAGAAAAGGUUCACCUGGGUCGUCCAGGAAACAACCUGAAGAGCGGUAUCGUUGGUCUUGCCAACGUCGGCAAGUCGACUCUCUUCCAAUCUAUCACCAAGUCCUCCUUGGGUAACCCGGCCAACUUCCCCUAUGCCACCAUCGACCCCGAGGAGGCCCGUGUCAUCGUUCCCGAUGACCGGUUCGACUGGCUUUGCGACCACUACAAGCCCAAGUCUAAGGUUCCCGCCAACUUGACUGUGUACGAUAUUGCCGGUCUGACUCGCGGUGCCUCCACUGGUGCUGGUCUCGGUAACUCUUUCUUGUCCCACAUUCGCGCCGUCGAUGCCAUCUUCCAGGUGGUUCGCUGCUUCGACGAUGCUGAGAUUAUUCACGUCGAGGGUGAUGUCAACCCCACCCGUGACUUGGAUAUCAUCAGUGAGGAGCUGCGCAUCAAGGAUAUCGAGUUCGUCGAGAAGGCUCUCGAUGCCCUCAAGAAGCAGACCCGCCGUGGCGGUCAGUCCCUUGAGAUGAAGAAGAUGAAGGAAGAGGAGGCCACCACCGCCGAGAUUCUGGAGUACCUGAAGUCCGGCAAGGACGUCCGUUCCCGUGAAUGGAGCCCCAAGGAGGUCGAGGUUAUCAACCCCCUGUUCCUCCUCACUGCCAAGCCUGUUGUGUACCUUGUCAACCUGAGCGAGAGAGAUUACAUCCGCCAGAAGAACAAGUACCUCCCCCAGGUCUUCGAGUGGAUCAAGGAGCACUCCACCGGCUCUCCCAUUCUUCCCGUCUCUGCUCAGUUCGAGGAGCGUCUCACUCUUAUGGGUGACGAAGCUGAGGCUCUCGAGGAAUGUAAGAAGCUGGGCACCAAGUCUGGUCUUCCCAAGAUCAUCACCACCAUGCGUACGGCCCUGAACCUGGCCUCCUUCUUCACCACCGGUGAGGAUGAGGUUCGCCAGUGGACUAUCCGCAAGGGUAUCAAGGCGCCCGCCGCUGCCGGUGUCAUUCACACCGACUUCGAGAAGACUUUCAUUCAGGCCAUCGCAUACAACUACAGUGUGCUGCGUGAGCUCGGUGAUGAAGGCGCCGUGAAGGCUGCCGGAAAGAUUAUGACCAAGGGUAAGGAAUAUCUCGUCGAGGACGGUGAUAUCCUGCUCAUCAAGGCCGGUGCUGCUAAGCACUAA